AUGGCGUCAAACACCAUAUUAUUUGUGAUAUGGUGUGAUGGUAGCAUCAUAAACUCCCCUCGUGGAGUUGAAUAUUUGGGGGGUAGAUAUGUUCAUGUGCCGAUUAAUGGAAGAAUAAAUUUUGGGGAGUUGGCCGAAAUCUGUAGAACGGCAGUAUCUACUAGUGUGAGCCCUCCGGAGGUGACGAAAAUUUAUUUUCGGCUACCUCAUGUUGAAAGGUACGAGAUAUGUUCAUACUCGUUGUUCGAAGUGCAAGAUGACCAACACGUAUUUGCGAUUCUGAACCAGACAGCUCGGAUGCCGACGUUGAACGUGUUAGAGUUCUACGUGGAGUAUCAUAUUUCGGCUUCUAAUGAAACUUCGAUGCAACUAGAUUUAUGUUCUAGUGAGUCUGAGAGAGGCAGUGUGGAAGAGGAAGAAGAUGAGCACUAUGAUAGUGAGGAAGAGGAUAUGGAGGAUGUUCUAAUCGCUGAACAACCAAGUAAUAUUACACAUUACCAGUCUCGACUUCCGCAACACAUACGAUGUGUCGAUCUCAGUGACUUUGAUGUGGACGAGACAUGGGAAGCGCCGAACAUUGAAUGGCAGCGUGGGAUGGAAUUUCAAACCGGGAUGAUUUUCUCGAGUCGAUUGGCUGUGCGAACAUGUGCCAUUACUUAUUCGGUUGAUAAUGGACGAGAGUUUAAGAGUCGCCGGACAACAAAAACAACACUGGUCCUAGUUUGCAAGCAUCGAGAAAUGUGCGAUUGGUGGCUGCGGGCCACCCUGCUUCAGAAAACCAACACAUGGACGUUGACGAAAUAUAUAGGGCCACACAAAUGCGAUAUGCUAGCGUCAACUCGUAACCACAGAAAUUUCGGAAUUAUUCAAAUUGCCGAUUUUAUUAAGAGUCAAGUGUUGGGGCAGCGUGAUAUUCGGAUUAAGACGCUUAUGGCAGGAAUUUUAGAAUCCUUAGGACUGGACCUUCCAUAUAAGCGGGUGUGGUAUGCAAAGGAGAGAGCAAUUAGCAGCGUCUACGGGGACUGGGAAUAUAACUACACGCAAAUCACGAAAUUCAUGGAUAAUGUGGUCGAAGUGAAUCCUGGAUCCUUUUGGCAUGGUGAAGGCCGACUAACUGAUUGCGGUGGGGUGCAAUGUAGAAUUUUCAAGCGAAUGUUUUGGACCUUCUUUCCGAUGGUUGACGGAUUUCCAUUUUGCAAACCAGUUCUAUUCAUCGACGGGACGCACUUAUAUGGUAAAUACAAAUUGCAUAUGUUGAUAGCGUCGGCGGUAGAUGGCAACAACCACAUAAUGCCAGUGGCGUUUGCAAUAGUUGAGUCCGAAUCUAGUGAGAGUUUUGAAUAUUUUUUGAAUCAUCUUGGAGAUCAAGUCAUUCGCGACCGAAAGGUGGCCAUUGUAUCAGAUCGUGCUCCCGGAUUAAUAUCGGUUUUGAGGCGUCCGGAAUGGGAAGGGAUUGAUCAUUUUUUCUGUAUUCGGCAUUUAAUGGCUAAUUUCCACACUCAUAUCAGAAAUAAUGAUAUGAAGUUGCUGGCUGAGAAAGCAGGUCGGACUUUUCAAGAGAAAAAGUACGAGCGAUACAUGGCCACUAUGGCAAUAAGAUCUCCGGCGGGGUAUGCUUAUUUGACCGAUGAGAGAUAUCUUAAGAAAGAACAGUGGGCUUUGUGUUGGGACAUUAAGGCGCAAAGGAACGGUGUAAUGACGACGAACUACGCCGAGUCCAUUAAUGCAACUCUAAAGAAUGUAAGGGGGCUUCCAAUCACAUCGAUGAUAGAGGCUAUCUUUGACAGACUCAGCGAUAUGUUCGUCAAGCGUUGGGAAAUGUAUAAAGGGAUAAUCGGCAAAGGCGUCAUGUUCACUCCGAUCUGCAACACGCAUCUGAAAAAUGCAACAUUAAAGGCCCGCACACAUAAACUCAAGAAAUAUAACCCGGACACCCUGACUUAUCGAGUGAUUACAAAGAAAGACAAUUUUCGAAGAAAGGGAGGAAAUACUCAGAAGGUCAACCUUCAAAUGAUGAAGUGCACGUGCGGGAAGUUCCAACACCGCCAGAUCCCUUGCUCCCAUGCCAUGGCAGUCAUUCAACAAGAAAAGUUAAACCCUCACAACUACGUAGGGUGGCGGUACCAAACCAAGAAUGCCAUACAAGCAUGGAAUACUCAAUUUAAUCAAUUACCUACCGACGAGCUGUGGAUUGGUUCUCGGGAGGUGCCAUUUAUUCCAGACAUUAACUUGAUAAGAAAGAAGGGACGACCGGUAAACCAAAGGAUUAGAAAUGAUAUGGACCAGACCUACAGAGAGGACAGCGACCCUAAUUUUUGCAGUAGAUGUAGUAUCGCCGGCCAUAAUGCUUCGACUUGUAUGAGUUCGUCAAGACGUCAAAAUUCUUCGACAAUUCAAGUUGUGCAGAAAUAUGAGGAUCAUUUUUGUGAAGUUUGGUAUGGAAAAAAACGGGCUUUUCAAAAUAGCCCAAUCCAUCCUUGCAUGGAUAAAUCACAAGCCGGACAUAUAUUUGUUGGUCGGCACACAAAAAAUUUGAAUGAUUUUGGAAACGUUGUUGUUUCACCUGAGCCUUCGUGGGGAAAGUUGUGGGAACGCAGAUGCGAGAUGGAGGCCUACUGUGAUUUUCACAGCAUUUCUGUACCGGCGGCAAUAUCCGCAACAAUUUCGAGAAACACGGAAACGUCAAUCCAAUUAUUGAUGGAACGCCUUCAGAUUGAAAUACAUGUGAUGUCUUUACGGCUCAAGACAUUUCACGAAAAUUUGGGCGAUGGUCGAACCUUUCAUGUUGAUGAAAGUAACCCCCAGUCAUGGAAUAGUAUGAAAUUACAGGAUUACGACGACAGUGAUUCUGAUGAUUUUGUGAAAUAUCUCCCCUGGACUUUAAUAAGAUGUUGUUCACAGUGUAUAAUUUUUGGAGCUUUCAUCUAUCUAUGUUUUUAA